AUGAGACGAGAAAUGAUUGACAUUUUUGGUAAACUUAUUGAGCUUGUGGAAAUUGACAAUAGUGAUGUAAAUACUUUAAGCGGAAGUUAUAGAGAAGGUUUCAGACUGGAGGGAUAUGAUUUGGACUUGAUAUUCUGGUCAAAACAACACAGAGUUUUCUGGGACGUAUCUCAUAUUCAGUAUAAACAUUCGUCCAAAUUAACAUAUGUUCUUGCUGACUGCUCUGAAAGUCCACCUGGGUUCGCUUUACUUCAAUUACCAACACAAACAAAUGAUGAAACUAUCCUGGACGCCUGUGUCGGAAUAAGUGACAAAAUCUAUAUAUCUAGUUCCAUCUAUAAAGAGAUGAAAUGUUCAGCAUAUGGACGUGAUUUUAAAGUACACGGACCUUGUGUAAGGGGAAUGUGUGAAAGAGAUACAGAAUUGGACGCUGUUCAUUGCUUUGCUAGUAAUAUUUGGCCUCCAAUUGCAUCUUCAUGGGUGGAGAGGUGUCAAUUCUGGCCUGCAUCUCAUAUUGUAAAAGAUAUUGUCAAAGGUGGUUGUCACUUUGUAGCAAUAGGACACAAACUAGGAAAGCGAAUGGACAACGAAUGGAGAAUUUCUUUUUCUCUAGCAGAACAAAAACUUGUGUACUCGAUGAAUCACUACCAAUUCUUAACAUAUGGUUUGUUAAAGAUUUUCCUGAAAGAGGUCAUCAAUAAUGGUCCAGAUGAAAACAAGUUGUUGUGUUCCUAUCACAUGAAGACAGCCAUAUUUUGGGCAAUUCAGUACAAUAUCAUUCCCUGUCUGUGUUCACAGAAUUUUGUAGAGGGUUUCUUGAUUUGUUUUAAACUCAUUUUAAAGUGGGUGUAUGAUGGUUCCUGCCCAAACUUCUUCAUUCCAGAAAAUAACAUGUUUCUUGCUCAUAUUUUUGGUUCAGCACAGGAUAAGCUUUUUUCCCGACUACAUGCAUUGUAUGAAAAGGGUUUAUCAUCUGUAUUAGAAAGUACCACCAUCAGGUCCAGCAUUUUUAACUUUUUUGAUUACAUCAGUCCUGAAAUUUGUACAGAUGAAAACACUCUCGUCUCUGAAUGUGAUUUCAAAACAGAGCUGUUUCGUGAGGUAGGUUCGUAUGAUUUAAUUCUGAAAUCUAAACUCUCUUACUGUGUUACAUUCCUGCACUCAAUAGAACAGCUCCUGGGUUUAUCCUUGAAUCAAUAUCAAGUUCUAAUGUUACAAAGGGUAACAGUCUCCACUCUUGAGAACACAGCUUUUAUAUUACACAACGAGAAUGGUGACUUUAUUGCUCAAUAUUUAAGCUCUGAUAGAGAUAGAAAAUUCAACAAACUAGUAUACGUCCUUGACAAAAUGUCGUUUAACAUGCUGCAAUUUUCAUCAAGGUUCGGAUGUAUUUCCGACAUGCUGUAUGCUGUAAUGUACUAUUACAAGACUUGUAGAUACCCAGAAGCUUUAUCUCUUUUAACUUUGACAAGGACCAAAUUAGCAAAGGCAUAUGUGGCCCUUGAUUUAGAUGACACAGGGGAGCAUUCUUGGACUAUAAAAAUUAGAGAAUUAUUAAUCUCGUAUGUCAGACUUUAUAAUGACAUUUUGUAUAUUCGUGAAUUAAUGAUUGAACAAUAUUAUAGUUUACUGAAUAAUCAGCAAGAUAUACGCAUCCCAUCUUUGGUACUAUUGUACCUGUUAGAGUUCUUGUGUUACAAACAUGUUAACACACUGGCUUCAGAAAAAGCCUUAAUCGACUUGCAGGACCUAGUCCUCCAAGAUCAGAGGGUGUUUAUUGAUAAAGAUUGCAGGGACAUCUCAUGGCAGAUUCUUGGAAUCUGUCAAAAUAUUUCGGGCAAGCGGCAAGCUGCUUUGUACGCAUUUAAACGAUCUGCCACAGUGCCUUCGAUUCACAAAAUUCGUCAUGCCACACUAUCAAGGGUAAUGGAUGUAAUGGUCCAGAGUAGGUUUUUUAAAAAAAACUAA